CCCACCCGACCCACAACCCAACCCUACCGACUGCCCCUUUAUCUCCAAAAUUAUCUUCCUUUCUCCGUUUCUUCCUGUAACUUCAAAUAACUUCUCCAAUUUCACAAUUAACAGCCCGCCCAGCAUUACAACAUCGAAUCCUUUUUCUUCUUCCAUGGAAGAUCAAUCAUCACUGAAGUUUAACGACCUAUCAGGCAAAGGGAUGAAAAAAGUGACCAUUUUGGCACAAAAUGAAAAGGUCGAAUUGGGUUAAAAAUUUCCUGCCCUAAUUGAUUUAGGAGAGAAAAAUGAUGUCAUUAUUGCAAAUGAUGAAAUCUAGUCAACUUCUUCAACUUCCAAGAACUAAUCUAUCCCGUUUUCUCUCCGUUGCCUGCAAAUCUUCCAGCCCAUCUCCUUUUGCCUCUGAAAUAAAAACUGAAGUUGACAGAAUCACUAGAAUUAUCAAUGACCAUUCGUUUCCAGAUGAACCACUUGAACCGACCCUUCUCUGGCAUAUCCCACCCGUUUCUCUUUCCUCAUAUUUUGUGGAGAGUGUUCUUGGUCAACUUUUUGCGGCACACUCAAAUGGAUUGAAAGCCUUAGAGUUCUUUAAGUACUCCAUCCACCAUUCUCAGCAUGCUCCAAGUGUGGGUGCUUUUGAAAAGACACUCCAUAUCCUCACACGUAUGCGCUAUUUUGAUAAAGCUUGGGAAUUGAUGUUGGAUAUGCAGUGUUCGCACCCUUCCCUGCUUAGCCUUAAAUCAAUGAGCAUCAUGUUAGCAAAAAUUGCUAAAUUUCAAUCCUAUGAAGACACCCUUGAAGCAUUCAAAAGGAUGGAGACUGAAGUUUUUGCUGGGAGGAAUUUUAGUACUGAUGAGUUCAAUGUUCUGCUUCGAGCUUUUUGCUCGCAGAGGGAGAUGAAAGAGGCCAGAUCAGUAUUCCUGAAGAUGCAUUCUCGAUUUCCAACUAAUACCAAGACCAUGAAUAUUCUGCUUUUGGGAUUCAAGGAAUCGGGCAAUGUUACUGCAAUGGAACUUUUUUACCAUGAGAUGAUUCGAAGAGGUUUCAAGUCUAGCAGUAUGACAUAUAACAUCCGAAUCGAUGCUUACUGUAAGAAGGGGUGCUUGGGGGAUGGUCUACGGCUUCUUGAAGAAAUGGAACGGGUCCACUGCUUGCCUACACUUGAAACAAUCACUACUUUGAUUCAUGGAGCUGGUGUUGCUCGAAAUAUUCCAAAGGCGAGGCAGUUGUUUGAUGAAAUUCCUAAAAGAAAUUUACAGCUUGAUGUUGGAGCUUAUAAUGCUAUGAUCAGUUCCCUUAUUGGGUCCAAAGAUAUACAUUCUGCCAUUGAAUUGAUGGAUGAGAUGGAGAGAAAGCAGAUUGAGUAUGAUGGUGUGACGUAUCAUACAAUGUUUUUAGGGAUGAUGAAGUUGAGUGGCAUUGAAGGAGUUAGUGAGCUUUACUGUAAAAUGCUCGAGAGAAAUUUCAUUCCUAGGACCCGGACAGUGGUGAUGCUAAUGAAAUUUUUUUGUGGAAACCAGCAUUUGCAUUUUGCUUUAAAUUUAUGGGAUUAUUUAUUACAGAAAGGGCAUUGUCCUCAUAGCCAUGCACUGGAUCUUUUGGCAACAGGAUUGUGCUCUCGGGGACGGUGGCAAGAAGCAUAUCAAUGCUGCAAACAAAUCUUGGAGAGAGGAAGGCAUAUGAGUGAAUCAGUUUAUCAUAUGAUGCAGAGAAUUUUAAAGCAGUAUGAUGAAAUGGAGAAGUUGAUGGAGCUCAACAUGAUGAAAAUGAAACUACAAUAUGUUCUGCCACAAUCUGGCAAGGAACCAAUCAACUCUACAUGCUGAGUUAUGGAAGUAACAAUAUUUCUUGCAAAAUAUAUAGAAGCUGGAUUCAUUUUAUCCAAGUUGACUUUGGCCUUUUUGACAUUGAAUUUGAUGAUAAAAAAUUUCUUUAAAGAUGGCAUGUGAGUCCUAUUUGAUAAGGUUACUCCAAGUCCUAUUACGGUAAUUGGACAGGCAAGCACCCACACUCAACAAUGCAGAAAGGUGUGCUGGGAGAGGCAAAAAGACAUCACUCCAGUGAGAAGAGCGCAAGCAGAUUCACAAGACCUCCCUAAUCACCAAGUUGAUUUUGACAUCAUGUUUGGUUGGUUAGGAGGGAGAAUGGGUGCAGUAUAGCUUGGCAAAUUCGAAGAAUGGAUGCCAGGAUUAUUGUCACGAGAUGCACUAGAAUUGUUAUUGAUGAUAAGCACUUCAUUGAGCCUUUUAUGAUUAGGGAGAUUCCUUUGGAGACAAUUGUCAGGAAUCUGUGUGUACUCUGGGGUGAGGGGAAGUGGACCCUUAGCUUGGUUAAAAGACCAAUGAAUAAACCAAACUGGAGGUUUGAGCCCAUGAUAUAUGACUUUAGAUCACUUGCAGGAAGGAUGCCAGGAUUGGAGUUUAGUGAAUGACAAUGUUAAAUGCGGAGACGGCUUAACAACCUGGCUAGGAUGGUAACUUUGAAUGACAAGUAUCGAGUUUAAAAUGGCUCUUUCUUUUACUUUUGCUUAUGCUUAUAAGUUUAUCUGCUGUUUAGUUUCUUGUUUUCGGCGUGUGACCCACUAUAAAAAAAAAAAGAGUUUAUGAAAUUUAAAAGAAGAAUUCCUAUCA